UAGGUUCAGAGCCGGAUAACCGGAACCCGGACUGCGGAGGAGGAGAGGAAACAAGCUGCACUUCUAUCCCGAAAAGACCAAAUUUCACUGCACUCAAAUAAACAAGACGCCAAAGCUGAUAAAGCCAUAAGGGUGGAGCAGAGUCCUGGUGCUUCAGGAUGCUGGUGGAGCUGAGCGAGUGGUUCUGGCAGGAGCGGCUGUGGUUUCCGGAGGGUCUGGGCUGGGCUGAUCUGGAGGAUCGAGAUGGACGUAUUUACGCGAAGGGCCAUGAUUUAUGGGUGGCACUUCCCAUUGCGUUGGUAUUCCUCAUUAUCCGGCAAAUCUUUGAAAGGACAGUGGCGACACCUCUGGCCUUUCUACUCGGUGUGAAAGAGACAGUUCGGCUCAAAGCGCCUCACAUUCCCUCCCUCGAGUCCUACUACUGUAGAGUGACCAAAAACCCAACACAGUCUUCAGUAGCGAGCCUUUGCAAACAGACGGGCUAUUCAGAAAGACAAGUGCAGCGAUGGUUCAGACGGCGGAGGAACCAGGACCGACCGAGUUUGCUCAAGAAGUUCCGAGAAGCCAGUUGGAGAUUUACCUUUUACCUUCUUGCUUUCAUUGCUGGCCUGGCCUCCCUCAUCGAUAAACCUUGGUUGUACGACACGAAGGAGAUGUGGCAAGGCUUUCCUGUGCUGACUCUGCUGCCAUCUCAGUAUUGGUACUACAUGAUCGAGUUGGGGUUCUACGGCUCUCUGCUGUUCAGCGUGGCUUCUGACGUCAAACGUAAAGACUUUAAAGAGCAGAUAGUUCAUCAUGUAGCGACCAUCCUCCUCAUCAGCUUCUCCUGGUGUGUGAACUACAUCCGUGCUGGAACUCUAAUCAUGCUGGUUCACGACUCCUCCGAUUACUUCCUCGAGUCUGCUAAGAUGUUCAACUAUGCUGGGUGGAGAAAUGCCUGUAACUACAUCUUCAUCGUUUUUGCUGCAGUCUUUAUCGUCACGCGCCUCAUUUUUUUCCCCUUCUGGAUCAUUUACUGGACCUGGGUUUACCCAGUGACCGUCUACCCGCCUUUCUUCGGCUACUACUUUUUCAACGGGCUGCUUAUGAUUCUGCAGUGUCUCCAUAUAUUCUGGGCCGUUCUCAUCAUCCGCAUAGCAAUCCGCUUCCUCACCAACAACGAAAAAGUGGACGAUGACCGAAGCGACAAAGAUGAAACGGACGAAUCAGAGGAAGAGGAGGAAGAGGCAGGGAAUAAAAAGCAUGCACAGAAAAACGGGCCCAGGCAGAAUGGCCACACAAUCCACAACAACAACCACAGCAAGACAGAGUGAAACGUGUGAGAGCGGGAAAGAAAGGACUCGUAUGAAAAAAGGAUGACAAACAAGACGAGGUGGCAUUCCCUAAAACUAGGAGAUUCAACACUGUUACUUUAACACAGACAUCCACAUUCGCAGUCAAACUUUUAGUGAACACAAGUAUCAAGAUUGACACUACACUAAGUGGCACUGCUUUUGCUUUGUCACCAAAGGAAAAAGGAAAUCACGUAUCAUCAUCUUUGUUAGAUGUUUGUCCAACAAGCCUGUCAGUGAGACAGGAGAGAACAUGAAGAGGUUCCACGUGUGGAGGAGAAACAGGAAGGUGCUGCUGCUGCUUCCACUUUAGCUUUCAUGUUUUAAUGGUGUGCCUUAGAGCCAGCUGGUAGCUGCCAAAAAGCCAUUUUAUGGCUUUCUGCUUUAAAACUGCUGCUUUAUUACAUAUGUCUUUUUGUGUGUGUGUGUGUGCUUUGUUUUGCGAUCACAAAGAGAUCAAAACGAAGUGAGAACUACUAUUAGGAAAGUGAGCUACUGGGGCAUUUCUUUGUCUAUGCAACAACAUUUCUGUUAGGUAUUAUGAUGUCUUUGCACAAAGAUAUGAAGGAAUAUUUUACAGUCAGUGCAGCCUUGUAAUAUUUAUGAAGUUCUUCGGUUUCUGUUCCGUCAAAGCUCAGUUUGUACAGUUAAGUGACUUAAGAAAACUUAAAACAAUAGACCGAAAUGAGUGCUUAGUUCAGCUCAUGAUUGAGCAAUCACAGCUGAUGUUUGAGGUCACAUUCAUCAACCUGCAGGAAAUGAAAAGUGUUUAUCUAAAUCAAUGAUUAUGAUUCUGUUUGAAAAGGUUUACAAUUAUGUUUUUCAAUGUUUUUAGAAAGAAAUUUGUUUUUGUUUUUUUAGAAGAGUUCUAGAAAUAAGUGUCUCGUUUGUGUCGUCACGCAUUCAUAUAUUUGUACGUCAAGUGCCUUAUUUGUAAUGAACGAGGAAUUCUCCUGUCUUCAUGUUCUCUCCUUCGUAUCUAAGCCCCAAACACAUCCUCCCACUGCUGCAUCCACCACUUCCCUUCAUCAAACACAACUCUCAGUCCACUAUUACUAACCACGACCAACCAGCAAACAUGAUGCGGAAAACAUAUCUGUGGCCUGAUUACAGUGUUAUAUUUUUUAUUUUGUACUUUUCUUUUGUUUAAUGACGCCUAAAUAUUGUUAAUAAUGAUUAAAAAAAAAUCACAAAGAAAA